AUGGCCAACAUCGCAGCAUCGCUGUUGCUGACUCAGAGCAUGGCCUUGCAGCCGGCGCAUGCGGGGGAUGUGGUGAACUAUUCCGAUUUCAUGGAGUCCAUCAACAAGGGAGAAGUUGAGAUGGUGCGCGUGCAGCAAGACAUGCUGUCGGUGAUGUUGGCCAAGCCAGUGUUUGGACCCUUGGAUCGCUUGCAGGAUGGCUCCCGGCGUGAAGUGAACCUGAUCCCGAAUGCACAGAUUGAGGAUCAGCUCUUCAAUCAACUGGCCGACAAAAAGGUAGAUGUGGUGACGUGUCCAUCUGGCUGGGGCGGAACCAAUUGGGCACUGCCACUCCUUUUGGAUCACACCUUUUGCUUGAUCCUGUCGAAAGGUUUGCAGUUCACAUGGCUAUGGUUUGACAAUUGGAUUUGCCCGAACCCUGCUCUUUACAUUGAAAACAUUGCCAAAGCUGGUCGGAUGGUGAUGCAGAAUGCUGGCGCCGGUGGGUCGCCCUUGGACUUCUUGGCGCGCUUCGCAGGGCCCAUCGCGUGGCUCAUCGCCGGGCUUUUGCUGCUCUUUGGUGGCUUGCCCUUUGGAGGACCCGGCGGACCUGGAGGCCCCGGUGGAAACCCCUUUGAGCUUGGCAAGUCAAAGGCCCGCAUCAUCAAGGAUGGAGACACUAAAGUGAAGUUCGCAGACGUAGCAGGCUGCGACGGAGCAAAGACGGAAUUGGUUGAGGUGGUUGACUUCUUGAAGAACACCUCCAGGUAUUCGGAGCUCGGUGCCAAGAUCCCGAAGGGAGCCUUGCUGGUUGGGCCACCCGGAACUGGAAAGACCUUGCUUGCAAAGGCGGUGGCAGGGGAGGCCGGCGUGCCCUUUUUCAGCAUCUCCGCGUCUGAGUUUGUUGAGAUCUUUGCGGGUAUCGGUGCCUCUCGCGUGCGAGACCUCUUCGAGCAGGCGAAGAAGUCGGCGCCGUGCAUCAUCUUCAUCGAUGAGAUCGAUGCGGUUGGGCGGCAGCGAAGUGCCGGCUUCGGCCAAGGAAACGACGAGCGUGAGCAGACGGUGAAUCAGCUCCUGACGGAGAUGGAUGGCUUUGAGAGCAACAAGGGUGUGGUGGUCAUUGCGGCCACGAACCGUGCAGACAUUCUGGACCAGGCCCUUGUUCGUCCUGGCCGAUUUGAUCGUCAGAUUCAGGUUGAUCCUCCUGAUGUGCAGGGCCGCGUGGAGAUCCUCAAGGUGCAUGCAAAGGACAAGAAUCUGGCGCCAGGUGUGGACCUCUCUGCCAUUGCCCGGCAGACUCCCGGGAUGUCAGGAGCGGACCUGGCCAACCUGCUCAAUGAAGGUGCCAUUGUUGCGGCCCGACAGAACAAAGCUGAGAUCGACUCGGAGGACAUUUUCAACGCGCUCGAGCGCAUUGCCAUUGGCUUGGAGAAGAAGGAUGCCGUCAUGUCUGAGCAGAAGAAGAAGCUGGUCGCCUACCACGAAGCCGGCCAUGCUAUCUUGGGUGCUUUGAUGAACGACUACGACAUCGUGUCCAAGAUCAGUAUUGUCCCCCGCGGGCCCGCUGGCGGCGUGACCAUUUUCAUGCCUUCGGAGGAGCGCCUGAACUCAGGCCUGUACUCCAAGGAGUUCCUGGAGAAUCGCAUGUGCGUGGCUUUGGGUGGCCGAUUGGCCGAGGAGAUCAUCAAUGGGAAGGACAAUGUGACCACAGGUGCCUCCAAUGACUUCCAGCAGUGCACGCAGGUGGCCAAGCAAAUGGUCAUGCAGUUGGGCAUGUCCCCCGAGAUUGGCCAGCGCUUGCUGGGAGGACAGCAGCAGGGAGGUCCCUUCAUGGGUCGCGACUUCAUGGGCCAAGGAGCUCCUCCCAUCUCCCAGGCUCUGAAGCAGAAGGUGGACGACGAGGUGAAGCGCAUCGUGGAUGAACAGUACCAACGCGGAAUGAAGUUGUUGCGAGACAACAUGUUCCUCUUGGACGAACUCGCGAAAAUGCUCAUGGAGGAAGAGAAAGUCUCAGGUGAUGCACUCUUGAAGUUGAUCAACAAGGCUGCAGCAGAAGGUAAGCUGGUGAUGGCUAACAGCAAGAUGGCAGUUGCUGCCUACGCGGGUGAGGUGGUUGAGACCACUGCUGACGGCACUCUCAACGCCAAGAGCAAGUGUGUGCACCCUGACAAGCCCAUGAUGUUCGCUUGCGCCGACUGCCCUCGCCGUGGCUUCGCCGGCUCAUGCGCACCAACGGGCCGCAAGGGCGUGUCGCGGGGUGCUGUGGCGCGGCUGGGGCUGUCAACGGAGGCAGCGGAGCGCGGCAGCCAAGAGGCUUGCACCAGUGAAGAGGUGAUCCGUAGAGUGGAGGAGAUGGCCGCAGAUGUCUCAAACGGCUCCGCUUUGCCAAGCCAUGUGGUGAACUCUGCAGCUUCCCAGGCUUUGGUCGCUCUGGCUGCAAUGGCUGCUCCACUGCCGGCAUUGGCCGAUGAUGUGCCUCCAUUGCAAGCGAUGAAUGCCCCGCAGAUGCAGCAACAGCAGCAGCAGCCCGGAUCCCCCUUGCGCGUGAGUGGCCGAGUCACCUACUCCCGCUUGUUGGAGUUCGUCGAAGAGGGCUCCGUGAAGCGCGUGGACUUCUAUGACCAAGGCCGCACAGCGGUGGCCUUGGUGAUGAUCGCAGGACGAGAGCAGCAGCUGGUGUGCGACCUGCCAGGAGCUACCACCGGAUUGAUCGAGAAGCUCGUGUCCAAGAACAUCAUGAUUGAGGUGCAUCAACCGGACAAGCCCAACCCACUGCUGGGAGUGCUGGGAGAUGUGGCCUUUCCAUUGCUGGUCAUCGCUGGUUUGCUUUUCCUGCGCUCCAGAGCACCGGGAGGUGGAGGAAUCCCAGGCUUCGGCAACCAGGGCCGUGCGAAGAUCAUGAUCACCCCCGAGACUGGAGUGAAGUUCGAAAAUGUGGCCGGCAUCGACGAGGCGAAGGAGGAGCUAAUGGAGAUCGUUGACUUCUUGAAGGCGCCGGAGCGCUUCGUCAAGGUCGGUGCGAAGAUCCCUCGUGGCGUGCUGCUCACGGGGCCUCCGGGCACCGGAAAGACCUUGAUGGCCAAAGCGUUGGCAGGCGAGUCUGGUGUGCCUUUCAUCCAGUCUUCUGCCUCCGAGUUCAUCGAGCUCUUUGUCGGUGUUGGUGCUUCCCGCGUGCGUGAUAUCUUCAAGCAAGCCAAGGAGAAGGCGCCUUGCAUCGUUUUCAUUGAUGAGAUUGAUGCCAUUGGCCGUCAGCGAGGUGCAGGAAUGGGAGGAGGCAACGAUGAGCGUGAGCAGACCCUCAACCAGAUCUUGACAGAGAUGGAUGGCUUCGAAGGCAACAGCGGUGUCAUCGUGGUUGCAGCCACCAACAGAUCUGACAUCCUCGACAACGCCCUGCUUCGCCCAGGACGUUUCGACCGCCGCGUGGCGGUGGGCUUGCCCGAUGUGAAGGGCCGCGAGCAGAUCCUGGAGGUGCACAUCCGCAACAAGAAGUUGGAGGAGAACAUCACCCUCACGGAGAUUGCUCAACGCACCGCCGGCUUCAGCGGUGCUGACUUGGAGAAUCUCAUGAACGAGUCAGCGAUUUUGGCCGCUCGCCGCAACAAGAAAGCCAUCUCUAUGGCCGAGAUCAACGAUGCUACUGACCGAGUGAUCGCAGGCUUGGAGGGACGUGCUCUGGCCGACAAUUCCUCCAAGAAGCUCAUCGCCUACCACGAAGCAGGCCAUGCCAUCGUUGGAACGCUCUUGCCGUACCAUGAUGCCGUCAACAAGGUGACAGUGAUCCCUCGCGGGCAAGCGAAGGGCCUCACCUGGUUCACGCCAGGGGAGGACCAGAGCCUCAUCUCUGCUGCCAUGCUGAAGGCUCGGAUCGCUGGAGCCUUGGGCGGCCGCGCGGCCGAGCAGUUGGUCUUCGGCACCAACCAGGUGACCACAGGCGCUGGUGGUGAUUUGCAACAGGUGGAGCGCAUGGCUCGUGCGAUGGUCACGCAGUUCGGCAUGUCCGACGUUGGUUCCAUUGCCAUCGACGAUGGAGGCUUUAUGGGGCCUAACUAUUCAGAGGAUUUGAACCAAAAGAUCGACAAGGCGAUCAAGGACAUCUCCGAUGAAUGCUACCUGAACGCGUUGACGAUCCUGAAUAACAAUCGCGCCUGCCUUGACCGUGUGGCAGAUGAGCUCUGUGAGAAUGAGACUAUCUCAGGAGACCGCCUCCGUGAGCUCGUGGCCCAGUACACCGAGGUCCCUGAGAAGCUGGCGGCGGUGUGA